GAUGCCUCGGAUCUUAUCAAUGAUCUAACUCAAUCGACACAACAAUUGUUCUUUUGGGCCACCCGCUGGCCAUUGAUCGGAGAUGUGGCUAGUAUUUUAAAGAGCUGGUGGGUUGAUCUAGAUUAUUUAGAUUUGAAAUUGAAUUUUGCUCUUGAAGUGGCUCGUGGCUUAAAUUUUUUAGUAUCAGUACAGAUAUUGCAUCAUGAUAUAAGAUGCAAAGGUUGCGAAUCUUGGUUUACUGAUGCUACUAGAAAUAUUAGAGCUGUUUUCAGAAUGGCUCCAGAAAAAUUACUCAAUAUGAUAUUAAAUAUUAGGUAUACGGACCCGUGUAAUCCAAUCGAUGAUGAGUUCGACGACCAAGCAAUUCCUAUCAGUUUUGCCGAAUUCAAUGAUAUACUUGUCGAAAAAGCAAUAAAGGAAUACCGUAGUAAAGAUGGUAACAAUCAAAAUACUUGGAAGUGUUUUGAAGCACAUGCGAAUGCUGAAGCGGCUGAUGGGGACAUAAAAAGAGAAAGCACACAAAAUGAUAUGGUUAAGGCAGUAGAAUAUUUUAAGAAAGCGGUCAAUAAUGGAAAUUAA